GGAGAGAAUUCAGCAAAUCGUGGUGCAAAGAGAGCCCAGGGACACGUCAGCCCUGAACCCCUGAAACUUCUCUGCAAGGAUGGGGAAAGGAACCCAAAGGCCAAAUUCUUCCAGCCAGGAGGAACCACUGAACAUCUGCAGCGACCCAGAGAAAGAGUCCAAAUGUGGGUCCUACAGAACCGAGUCAGAGCGGAGAAUAUCCCCCAAGGUGCGUGUUCUCCUGGCUCUGAGUGUGUUCCUGGGGAUCCUCAGCUUGAGCCUGGCUGGAGCAGUGGCUGUUCUCAGUGCAAGACCCCCUUUCCCUGAGCCAGAAUUCUCCCACGUGUGCCCAGACACCUGGCCUGGUUUCCAAGGAAAAUGUUAUCAUUUCUCUGAGGCUGAGGGCAACUGGACCACGGGCCGGGCAAGGUGUGAGGCCCUGGGAGCUUCCCUGGCCACCAUCAGCACCAGGGAGGAACUGGCCUUCCUUCUGCGCUACAAGGGCGAAGCAAACCACUGGAUCGGGCUGGGAAUGAGGGAUAACGGCUGGGAGUGGAUCAAUGGCACGGCCCUGAACGGCAGCUUCGAGGUGAGGGGUGGGGGCCCCUGCGGGUACCUGAACCAGGGCAGGAUCAGCUCGUCCCUGUGCCACACGGAGAAGAACUGGAUCUGCAGCCGCCCCGACAACUUCGUCCUGUGGGAGGGGAAAUUAAGAGACUCCAAAGCGGGACUCUCAGCCUAAAUCUCCGGCCAGACGAGGGAGCUCCACCCCGGCACUCACAGAGUCUCCCUCACAGAGUAACUGCCCUCACAGAACAGCUAGCACUGCAGCUGGAACUGCUGGACGAACAUCCCUGUUGUCUGACCAGGAAAUAUUUACUGAACCCCAGAAAUAUCUUGUAUCUGAAGGCACCUCACAAAGGUCAUCAAUCCAACCCUCAGCCCUGCCCAGGCCCAUCCCCAGGAGUCACCCCCUGUGUCCCAACCAGCAUCUGAGGGAAGAACCUUUUCCUGAGACCCAACCUGACCCUGCCCUGACACAGCUCCAGCCCUUCCCUGGGAUCCAGAGGGACUUUGAAGGGUCCUCCAGCAAAGCCUUGGACACUGUCUCCCAGGGCACACUCCUGGAAAAGCUGCAGCCCAUGGCCUGGACAGGGCCCUCUGUGCUGGGUUAGGAACUGGCUGGAAUGCCCAG